AUGGAAUCUGUUUUCAGCAAAGCUUAUACCUCGUUAUCUAUGAAGUUUUUGAACGUAGGAGAUCAUCUGUAUUGGUUUCUGAAUGUUUCCUUUGUGUUUAAUGUAGUGCAUGCCUCCAGUGUGGAAAGCUGUUUUGGGUACCGGGACAAGGCCAUGGAAGAAGUAAGAAUGUGUGAAGAAGUGAAGGUUUUUGGAACAUGGGCAAUCCCUUUUAGCCGGGGGGUAGAGCUGGCUUUGCGAUUGAAAGGUGUUCCAUACGAAUAUAUAGAAGAGGAUAUCUAUAAAAAUAAGAGCCCUUUGCUUUUGAAAUACAAUCCAGUUCAUAAGAAAGUUCCUGUUCUUCUCCAUAAUGAAAAACCAAUAGCAGAAUCACUUGUUAUACUUGAAUACAUAGAGGAAACAUGGAAAAACAAUCCAAUUUUGCCACAAGAUUCUUACGAGAAAGCUAUGGCUCGAUUCUGGGCUAAGUUCAUUGGUGACAAGUGUUGGACAGCUAUACGGAAACCAGAGUGGAGCCCAGAGAGUGAGCGAGAAAAGGCGAUGGAAGAAGCUCGUGAAUGCCUAAAAGCUCUUGAAAGUGCGCUCAAUGGAAACAAAUUAUAUGGGGGACAUACAAUUGGACUCGUUGACAUCGCUGCCAACUUUACUGGCUUCUGGCUUAGCAUCGUUCAAGAAGCUACAGGGCGCGAGUUGCUGUCAGCUCAUAAAUUCCCCCUCUUGUCCAAUUGGAGCCAUUGCGGCAUCGUUCAGGAAUGCCUGCUCCCCCAAAGACAAGGUAUUGGCCAUCUUCAAAGCUCGUAUUGCAGCACCCUCAAUAAACAACCCAUGUGUCCUUCAAUACUAAACAAACAACAAACAACCAACCAAAUGGCUCCUAUCUCAGGCGUACAAAAUAGUUGAUAAAUAUCUAGAUCUUUCUAUCAUCAACCCCAUGUGAAGAUGGAAAACAAUAAACAAAGUGCCACGGUUUUUGAA